AUGCAUGCCAAGACGGACUCGGAGGCCACUAGCAUCGACGCGGCUUUGUCAUGGCCGCCGCGCUCUCCUCCGCGCUCGGCGAUUAGACCUCUCUACUACGUACAGAGCCCCUCCAACCACGACGUCGAGAAGAUGUCAUUCGGGUCGGGUUGCAGUCCGAUGGGCUCGCCCUCGCACCCACAUUACUACCACGGCUCACCCAUCCAUCACUCCCGCGAGUCCUCCACCUCUCGCUUCUCCGACCGUGCCCUCCUCUCCUACAAGUCCAUCCGCGAAGCAAGCGGACGCCGCCGAUACAUCAACAGCGCCAUAGAUGAAGAAACGGACGGCGGAGAUGACGACCCCUUUCGGAAUGUGCGCCUCUACUCCUGCUUGCUCCUCUCCCUGCUCCUCUUGUUCACAAUCUUCUCUCUCAUACUCUGGGGUGCUAGCAAAUCCUACCCUCCUAAAGUUGUGGUAAAGGGGAUGCUGGUGAGGAACUUGAACGUGCAGGCAGGGAACGAUCUGAGCGGAGUUCCCACGGAUAUGCUGUCUCUUAAUUCCACGGUCAGGAUCUUCUACCGGAACCCGUCAACCUUCUUCGCCGUCCACGUCACUGCUUCCCCUCUCCUCCUCCACUAUUCCAACCUUCUCCUCUCCUCCGGUGAGAUGGACAAGUUCACGGUGGGUAGGAAGAGCGGAAGGAGCAUAGUCACGGUGGUGCACGGCCAUCAGGUUCCCCUCUACGGCGGUGUCUCUUUCCAUCUCGACACCAUCUCCCUGCCCCUCAACCUGACUCUCGUCCUACGUUCUAAAGCUUACAUUCUCGGCCGACUCGUCACCUCCAAGUUCCAUACAAGGAUCAUCUGCUCCUUCAAUCUCACUGCCAACCGCCUCCCCAAACCAAUCUCUCUUCUCCACUCCUGUACUCCUCAUCACCACUGA